GUGGUUCCGACAAGCAGUUCUGAGUGGAGUGCCUGAGUCAGUGCAAACAGCCAUGAAAAGUAACCCUGACAUGUUAGGAUGUCAACUUUGUACAUGGGAGAAGCAUCUCGUUCAUCACCUUACCACGGCUCAAGACAAAACACAACAAGAUGAGAAAGACAAAGCAGAUUUGCAGGCACAAUUACUGAAAUUAAAACUAGCCAAAGCUAGAGAUGACUUAAACGACAAAAAGAAGGGCAAGAAAGAUCAGGUCAAGGUUAUGUCUCAAACUGUACAGCAGUGGGACGGCGAUAACGUUCAGGAGUCUGGGACGCCACAUUUCAGAAGAGGGGGAGGACAAAAUAGGGGAAGGGGAGGCCCACGGGGUGGAGGAAGGAGAGGGUUUUCCGGGGUAAGGCCUCAAGGAGGAAACCAAGGCUGUUUCCUGUGUGGGGACUCCUCCCAUUGGGUGAGGGAGUGCCCAUAUAACCCUGCUCAGUCACAAAGAGGGUUUCCACAGAGAGGAGGAGUUCAGAACCGGGGAGGAACACACCCUCCUCAGUCUCAAGGGAGAGAACCCGCACCACAGUUCCCCUUGUGGCAAGACACUGAGUGACACGCCCCACGGAGAAGCCCUGGACAGCACCUUACGGCAGAACCGGUGCUGUCAGUGACAGUAAAUCAGGACUUGCUGCCUUUCUUAGUGGAUACCGGUGCUACCGUCUCCACUAUCAAGACAGUGGAAAAGAAGCUGCUUACAUCAGACGUCAUAACAGUCAUGGGUUUCUCUGGGGUUCCUACUACGCUGCCUUACACCAAGCCUCUCACAACAAGGCUUGGCAAUCAGACUGUGUUGCAUCCUUUCAUCUACUCCCCUGAGGUACCUUCCAACCUGCUGGGGAGAGACCUCCUGACUCGAUUGGUGGCUACUAUUCUCUGCUCGCCUGACGGACUAACAGUCUCAUUCCCUGAUGGAACAUCUCUACCCUGCGCCAGUAUUGAGUCUUCACAUUCAAGCCAAUACAUGAUUCAGCCAGUUGCAGACAGAUCGGCUGACAUCUACUGGGGUCUCCUACACAGUGAAACUAGUGAUAAAGGUGGAAUCCUGUCGGCUUACCUGACUUGGAAACCCUGGAUCUCCCAAAUACACCCCUAUGUGGCCCCUCCUGACCCUCCUCAUAUGACAUUGUUUUAUGAUAGAGAGGAUACACAGAGGUAUGAGGAACAGUUUAGCAGGGACAUAGAGGGAACUAAUUGGGCGCUUUCCACUAAUAACAUUUAUGUGGCUCCCAUAGGUGUAGCGGCAGAAGUUUCUCUCACCCCAGAACAACUACAGUGGUACAUGAUGAGUGACGAGGCUUCCCCCCAUGUGUCUUUAGCCUUACAUCCAGAGCACCAAGCCAAAGAGCUGGGUUCUAUAGUUAAAACAGCACAACUGCAAACUGAUUGGCAGAGGGUUGGCUCUUCGUUGUGGUAUUCACCCGCAACUCAAAUCUACAAAAUACAGGUUUCUUGCACUGACCACGCUCUCCUUGAACACGCUCAAAUCUCCCGCCACCAUGGCCGAGGGAAAACAGAUCACCCCGAAGCAGCAUUGUUGUUAGAUUCACUGCCUGACUCACUAUGGUCCACUAGGCCCAUGGAUGUUGGCCUAGUCGACUGCCCCCAGUUACUUUCAAGCUGAAAAAUAACAACCCAGUGUGGGUUCCCCAAUACCCAAGUAAAAAAGACGCCGAAAUCGGCAUUGCAGAUACCAUUGAAGGUCUAUUUGAAAAGGGGGUGUUGGUAGAAACAUCCUCGGAAUGGAACACUCCCAUAUGGCCCAUUGAAAAGAAGGGCACUGGUAAAUAUCGCAUGGUUCAUGAUCUUAGGGCCAUUAACUCUGCGUUAUGCACGCAAACCAUCCCAGUUCCCAACCCUUACGUUGCGUUGACUAAUCUUGAUCCUCGCCACCAAUGGUUCACCUGUAUCGA